AUGGCUACAAAAGGAGCAUAUAGAAGAUUAACAAAAGAAUAUUUAGCUAUCCAAAAAAACCCGCCUCCUUUUAUAACAGCAAAACCAUUAGAAAGUAAUAUUUUAGACUGGUAUUAUGUUAUUCAAGGCCCACCUGAUACACCUUAUGAAGGUGGUGAAUAUUAUGGUCGAAUUACUUUUCCAGCUGAAUAUCCUUUUAAGCCACCUUCUAUUCGAAUGACAACACCAUCAGGUCGAUUUCAGCCAGAUACUCGUCUUUGUUUAAGUAUGAGUGACUUUCAUCCAAGUACAUGGAAUCCAAGUUGGUCGAUUGCGACCAUUUUAAAUGGUUUAUUAAGUUUUAUGGUCAGUGAUGAGGCUACUACAGGCAGUAUAAAGACAGGUGUUCAUGAAAAGAAAAUAUUCGCAGCGAGAUCUCAUCUAUGGAAUAUUCGAAAUCCAAAAUUUAGAGGUAAAACUGAAAUCAAAGAAUUCAUACAUGCAUAUAUAUAUAUAAAUGUACUCAUAAAUCUGUGUCUGUAUAGAGGUUUUCCCUGA